CUCAUGAUAGAAGUGCCGCGUCACUGAUAGUCCAUCAAUAUAAACGUUCAGUCUGAUUUUGACGCUGAUGAUGCCCGAAAUUUCUAUUUAAAGCUUACCAAACCAUUUAAUCUAGAUAUAAUCGAACACAGAGCACCCGAUCAGCUACAUGAUGACCUCUGUUAGUCCAACCCGUUCUCGGGUUACCCCGUACCUGAUAUACCUGGUGUUCAUCACUACGUUAGGUCCGCUGCAGUUCGGAUAUCACCUGGCCGAGCUCAAUGCGCCUCAAGCUGUAGUUACCUGCGAACGAAAGAGCAUCCAUUCCUCUCCGGCAGCCACAUCACACGGCCUACCACAAUGUAUCCCGAUGAACCCGUCUCAGUUCGGCUUUGUAUCGUCUAUCUACACGCUCGGUGGAUUCUUGGGAGCCUUACUGGCAGGGCCCGUCUCAACCAAACAUGGCCGUCUGUUAGCUUUGCGGGCGACCACAAUUUUCUUCAUUCUAGGCCCCAUAGCGGAAGCGCUUGCACCUAGCAUGUCCCUGCUGGGAUUUGGAAGGUUCCUUUCUGGUGUGGGAUCGGGGGCUUCCAUAGUUGUCGGACCAAUCUACAUAUCGGAGAUCGCACCCCCAAGCGCCAAGGGCUUCUUUGGUGCAUUCACCCAGAUCAUGACUAAUGUUGGCAUCCUCUCGACCCAGUCACUUGGUUAUUUUCUGAGUGAAGGAAGCAAGUGGAGGAUUAUCCUCGCAAUCGCAGGCUUCAUUGGAUCUUUGGAGCUCCUUGGAUUGUUCUUGGUCCCAGAGAGUCCUACGUGGCUUGCGGAGCACCAAAAGGUGGACAAGGCCAGACAGGUUCUGCAGAGAAUACGCGGCAAAUAUGCGGACAUUGACGAAGAGAUUGAAGGAUGGAGAAAUACGGCGGGCGAAUCUGAAACUGGAGAAGAGCAGUCACUGCUGACACCUCCAUCCGCCAACAUACCUCCGAAGCAACCUCCGGUCACCAUCCUGAGUGCUGCGACGAACCAUUACUACCGUCCGGCCAUUAUUGCCGUCGUUGGAGUCAUGGUAUCCCAGCAGUUCACUGGUAUCAACAGUAUCAUCAUGUACAGCGUGUCUCUGUUGCAGAGCAUUCUCCCCACCACGGCAGCUCUCCUGACCGUGAUCGUUUCGGCGAUCAAUCUCAUCAUCACACUCGCUUGUUCGCCGCUGCCCGAUAAGAUCGGUAGGCGAGCCUGUCUCCUGCUUAGUAUCAGUGGGAUGGGAUCUAGCUCCAUGCUUCUCGCCUUGGGUAUCUACUCCAACCUGCAAGCUUUAUCCGUGAUUGCAGUUCUACUGUUUGUUGCUAGUUUUGCCGUGGGUCUGGGACCGGUCCCAUUCAUCCUGGCCUCUGAGCUGGUUGGUCCUGAAGCGGUCGGGGCUGCACAGAGCUGGGCACUGGCAGCCAACUGGAUCGCAACGUUUAUUGUGGCCCAAUUUUUCCCGAUGCUGAACGAUGCCUUGGGAGGCCGCGGUAAGAUCUACUUGAUCUUUGCCGUGAUGGCCUUGAUCCUGGGAGGGUUCAUCUACGGGUGGGUACCGGAAACCCGAGGAAAGGCCAAUGCGGACGAGGUCUGGGGAAGAGGGGACCAGCGCAGAAGGGACUGAUUUGGGUUAGAGCUAGACUGGAUUAACUUGACCUCGAGACAGACAAAGCGGGGAUGUAUGAAUACUGAAUAGAAUGUAUGGAUGGCCGGGAGCCAUAUUUCCACAGGUCCAACACAUGGAACACUCUCAACCACUCUCAACCAGGUGCACCACGUGCAAGGCAUCGUAAUCUGGGAUAACUUGGCUGCGUUUCUAUCCCGACUCCAAGCGGACCGAGG